AUGUUGUCUUCUAAACUCGCAGGGGAGGACGGCGAAGUCCGGCUGAUCCUGGUGGGGAAGACCGGAGGCGGGAAGAGCGCCACGGGCAACACCAUCCUCGGCUGGCCAGUGUUCAAGUCCAUCCUGGGGCCAAAGGCCACCACCCUGAGGUGCGAAAGGGGGCAGGGAACCUGGCAGGGCAGGAAGGUCUCCGUGGUCGACACGCCGGGCAUGUUUGAUUCUGAAAACUACAAUAAGUUUGUGCGACGCGAGAUCAUAUCUUGCGUCAACUUCUCCGGGCCUGGCCCACACGCCCUGAUCUUGGUGACCCAGGUGGGGCGCUUCACUGCGGAAGAUGCGGCUGCCGCAAACUGUGUCUGGGAUAUCUUUGGGGCUGAGUCCGCCAGGCACACCAUCGUCCUCUUCACCUGCCUGGAGGAUUUGGGAGGGACCUCCCUGCAGGAGUACGUCCAAAGGUCCGACAACUGGAAUCUGCAGGAUCUGAUCCGGCAGUGCGGGAACCGCUUCUGCGGCUUCAACAACAAGGCCGCCGGAGCUGAGCGGGAGAGGCAGGUCAUGGAGCUGAUGAAGACGGUGCAGAGAACCAUCUUCCAGAACGGGGGGCGAUGCUACGUCAACCAGCUGUACGGGGAGCCCAGCUUACGGGACGAGCACGUCCGAUCUUUCGUGACCAAGAACAGAAGAGAGAGGACCUGG